AUGAUUGGUAACGAUUCCUACCAUAUUAUAUUUGAUUUUCUCCCAUCAACUAAUUUGAGUUCAGACUAUCGAUAUUCAGACAUAAGUAUAACGGACAUUGACAUUAAGCCAUCAACAGAUCUGAAGAUGAUACCCGAAGCAAUAGAACCAAUCAAGGCUCAGCUGAUUGGAGAGGGUGUGAUUAGACUAUACCGUGAAUUUGAAGAUGAUGAUUUAUCUGAUGGAGUGCUCGGGAAGAGGAAGAUUACGACCAACCCCGGUGAUAACACCAUGGUUGCAAUUUUGGCAAUACCCACUUAUUUCACUGCAACAGACCUAUUAGGGUACAUAGGGGAAUCAUUCAUUUGUUCAAUUUCACACAUCAGAAUUCUAAAAAGUGAUAAACAGAAUAGAUUUUUAGUAUUGAUCAAGUUUCGAGACAUCGUAAAGGCAGCAGAAUUUCAAUUUCAAUUUGAUGGCAAAAGUUUCAACUCCAUGGAGCCCGAAACGUCUCAUGUCAUUUUUGUGGACUCUGUUCAAAUUCACUACCAACAGCGUCACGAGGGGAUGCAAUCAUUGAUUCCGUUCCUCCUUUCCGAUCCGUUCACAUCACCUCCUGAAAAUGAUCAUACCUGCCCAACCAAGGAUGCUAUUGCAACAACCAAUAAUACCAUUAUUGAGCUUCCGACAUGUCCAGUGUGCCUUGAGAAAAUGGAUUCUGCUGUCACUGGCCUACUUACUAUUCCAUGCCAGCAUACGUUCCACUGUCAAUGUCUAUCUAAAUGGCGGGACGAUUCAUGUCCUGUUUGUCGAUACUCACAUAAUUUGACUAAUUUAGCUAGCUUGAACCAUGAUAGGAGGUUACAAAAUCUAAAUCUAAGAGAACCAAUGCUGCAGAGCAAUGUACUGCAGGCCCCUUCUCCUUCCGCAAACGACGAGAAUGAAGUUUGCAUGGACUGUCAGGAGAGUUCGAAUCUAUGGAUUUGCUUGAUAUGUGGAAAUGUAGGUUGCAGCAGGUAUGCGCCUGAGCAACAUUCACUAAAACACUUUGUCACAACAGGUCACUGUUUUGCUAUGGAGAUAAAUACAAGUCGGGUGUGGGAUUAUGCAGGUGAUAACUAUGUGCAUCGCUUAGUAACAAAUGAAUCUGAUGGUAAAUUGGUUGAGCUUCCUGACAAGGGCGAUCCAAAGGGGACAAAGAGUUUGGGUAAUAACAUUGAUAAGAUUGAUGCAGUUGGAUUUGAAUACUCUCAGUUAUUAAUCAGCCAGCUUGCAAGCCAACGAGAAUACUACGAGGAGCUUUUGGAUCAACAGGCAAUAACAUUGACAUCGUUAUCCAAAUCUAGAAAGGGUUCCACUUUCGCGUCAAGCCUGAAUCUGGACACCAUGAAAGAGUUUGAGAUUAAAAUCGAAGAUUUGUCUAGUAAAGUAGCGGAUCUUACAACUUCGGUUGUACCAUCGUUGAAGGAGAAAGUCCAAAAUAAGGAGGAGAAGAUUCACAACUUGAGCAAACAGCUAAGUUCAGCCAAUGCAUUAAAUGAAGCGUUUUCAAAAAAAAUUGAACACGUAAUGCAGAUGAAUGAUGAGCUCAAGCAUAGUGUUGAGGAACUUAAAAACCAAAAUAAGGAUCUAAAUGAACAAGUAAGAGACCUAAUGUUUUUCCUCGAUAGCCAGGAAAAGCUUCAAAACGAGUCAAAUGACGUGAAGCAAGGUACUGUGGUUGUCAAGCAAACAUCGGCAUCAUCGAAAAAGAAGAAGAAAAAGAAAUAA